AUGCAAGAUGAUUCAAAUGAUUCAAAUGAUGAUUCAGAUCAUGAUAUUGAUUUCGAGACUGGAAUUUUUGUUAACACAUCAAUCCCUGUGUUUUUUGUGGGUUUGAACAUUGGUUCACGGGAGGCUGCUCAAUUGGUUGCGUUGGAUACUGGUAGUAAUCUGUUUUGGGUUCCUUGCAAACCUGGUAUAGGCGGCAGUAGGACAUUCUAUGGAAACUAUUGGCCUGGGGAGUUUUCAACAUAUUCUGCUAAUAUGAGGUGCGAGGACCUUUGUUCUUCUACUCCAUUGACAUGUAAAACAACACCCAAUCUGUGCUCAUAUCAAUUGAAAUAUUUGGGUGAAGUCGUUGUCCGUGAAAAUCUUGCAUUUGAAAGAUUUGUUUUCGGUUUAUCAUUUGACAACCAACCAACGCAUGAGUUAAACAAUCUGUUAUUUGGAUGUACUAGAAAAAAUAGCUACAUAGACAAGGUCAAUGGUGUCUUGGGGCUUGGUCCUUCGGGAAUCUCAUUAGCUUCACAAACUGGAUAG